AUGGAAAUGAGGCUGGGCCCAGCAGCUCGCGCGCGCUCCCUCCCCUCCUUUCCCUCGUCGCCGAGCGCGCGCCGGGCUGGGCAGCUCUGCGGGGUCCGAGGGCAGCGCAGAGGCUGCAGCAGCUGUUGGCACGGUUCCGACCGCGGCGGGAGGAGCCCCGCCCCCGGGGAGGAGCCGUGGUGCAGCCCCAACUCCACGCCAGGAUCAAGUUUCGCUGCAGUAAGAUCGCAGUUGACGCGGCCUAAGUGGACUGAGCCUAAGCCAAAAAGCCAGGCCCUACAUCCUCAGGCCCAUCAGCUCGGUAAUCACGGCGUCAUCCUCUGCCCCAUGCUCUGCCCCCGAGGUUCCUGUGCCAGCAAGAUGCUGAAGCGAGGCGCGGAAUACGCGGCGAGGCCCACCAGAGCUUUGACUGACAAGGAACCGGUGACCCAAGGAGGAGGUGAAAGCGGCCCUACUUUUCCCCACCAGGGCCCACCGCAGAAGCCCAGUCAGUCGGCUCCGCGGCCUGUCACAUCGGGGGGCACGCCUUCCCGGUCCUGCCGGCGGCCCCCGCCCCAACGCCCACACCGCUGCCCCGACUGUGACAAGGCCUUCUCGUACCCGUCCAAGCUGGCUACGCACCGGUUAGCCCACGGCGGCGCCCGACCCCACCCAUGCCCCGACUGCCCCAAAGCCUUCUCCUACCCCUCCAAGUUGGCAGCCCACCGCCUCACUCACAGUGGCGCCCGCCCACACCCGUGCCCACACUGCCCGAAGGCCUUUGGCCACCGCUCCAAGCUGGCGGCUCACCUCUGGACACACGCGCCCGCCCGCCCCUACCCGUGCCCCGACUGCUCCAAGUCCUUCUGCUACCCUUCCAAGCUGGCGGCCCACCGCCACACGCACCACGCCACAGACUCCCGCCCCUAUUCCUGCCCGCACUGCCCCAAGGCUUUCUCAUUUCCUUCCAAGCUGGCCGCCCACCGCCUAUGUCACGAUCCCCCAACAGCACCAGGCAACCAGGUCACCACCCAACACGGAUGCUCCAGCUGCGGCCAAGCCUUUGGCCAGAGACGCCUCCUCCUCCUUCAUCAACGCAGCCACCACCAGGCAGAGGGCCGGGGAGAGAGAGAGUGAGCUGUCCCCUUCUCUCACUAGCCCCCUCUGUCGCCAGAUCCAGUCAAUAAAGAGGUGGGAUUUCUGGGCGGUGCCUGUGGCUCAAAGGAGUAGGGCGCUGGCCCCAUAUGCCCAGCCCUGGCCAAAGACUGCAAAAAAAAAAAAAAAAAGAGGUGGUAUUUCUAACCCCGGCUGUAUGAGCUUUCCUGUUUCAGAUAACUGGCAAGGACAACUUGGCCAUUGAUACUGGGCUCAAAUUAAGAAGACUAAGGAACUCUUUGCUCACCUGCUUUGGGGAUGGCAAGGUGUCAACCAGUUUUAGUACUGGGUCCCAAAUGAUCCAUCUGGUCUGACAGUACUACCUCUGGUUCUCCCCACCACAUACUUAUAUGUCAAAGGUAAGAAGUCUGCUAACACCCUAGGUUUAGGGGAAUUGUGGGAGAAAAGGCUCGCUCCUUAUUGUUGCUGAAAAUUUAAAUUGGUAUCUCCACUUUGACCAUGUGACUUUAUCUAAAAUAUUUAAAUACACACAUGCUUGUUUCAACUAUUCCACUUGUAGGAAUUUAUUCUAUAAGCUCACACAUGUGAAAAAGGCAUAAAGGUAAGGCUGUUCACUGUGGUGUGGAGGUUGUGGCCAAAGAUCAGUAACAACUGAAGUGCCAUAAAUAGGGGACUAAUUCAUGAAUUAUAAUAGCCAUGAAAUGUCAUUUGCCACUAUAGGAAAAAAGUGCUCUGUGUCCUGAUAUAGAAAGACCCACAUGAGAGUAUUUCAGAUUGUAUAUGAAACCAGCACAUUGUACCCCUUGAUUGCACUAAUGUACACAGCUAUGAUUUAACAAUAAAAAAAAAUAAUUUAUAUAAAAAAAAAAAGAAAGACCCGCAAGAUGUACUAGGUGGUAACAGCAAGAACAAAGGGUAUAAGCUUAGUGCCCGUAGCUAAGUGGGCACUGAGGCUGGCAAGUUUGAACUUAGCCUGGGCCUGCUAAACAAUGACAACUACAAAAAUAUAUAUAUAGCUGGGCAUUGUGGUGGGCACCUGUAGUGUAGCUUACUCAGGAGACAGGAGAAUUGCUUGAGCCCAAGAGUAUGAGGUUGCUGUGAGCCAUGACGCCAUAGCACUUUACCAGAGGGAAACAAGUGAGAGUCUGUCUCAAAAAAUAGGUGAGGAAUGGCUUUUUUACAAAAGCUCACAGUGGCUUUUGUAGGGUAGCAAAAAAAUGGUACCCUACAUGGCAUUUUUACAAAAGCUCACAGUGGCUUUUGAAGGGUAGCAAAAAAUGGGUACAAAAAAUAGGUGAGGAAUGGCCUGGCUUUUCUUGUUUUUUUAAGAGCCGAGGUCUCACUCAAGCUCAGCUGGUCUCGAACCCAUGAGCUUAGGCAAUCUGCCCACCUCGGCCUCCCAGAGUUCUGGGAUUACAUGCAUGAGCCACUGCGCCUGGCCUCCUCACCUACUUUUAAGAGUUCCAGGGCUUUGGCCAACCUUUGUCACUUCUCUGGACUCAGAUGCCUUAGCUAUAAAACGGUGAUGUGUUAUAAGGCAUUUUAAGGGGGCAAAAGCGUCAUUUUGGGUAGCCGGUUCCCUUUUGUGGCCGUUUCCCCCACUAUAAAAUGAGUGUGCAACAUAGGACUAAAGAGAUAAAUUUGAAGAGCAAAACUCUAAAACAUUUAGAUGGAAAUAAAGGAAAAUAAUCUUAGUAAUCACAAAAGAAGAGAAAGUAUCCUUAAGAAAUAAACAAAAGGGCGGCGCCUGUGGCUCAAAGGAGUAGGGUGCUGGCCCCAUAUGCCAGAGGUGGCAGGUUCAAACCCAGCCCCAGCCGAAACCCCCCCAAAAACAAACAAACAAAAAAAAACCUAUAAAUCACGGAUGAAAAGAUAAAUUUGACAGUAAACAAAUGUAAAGUUACAACUAUUGUGGAAGAGAGACAGUAUUGUAAGAAUAUACCUAUUACACAAAGGAGGUUAGGAAGGGUCUUCCUGGGGUGGUAAUGUUGGAGCUGAGAUCGUAAAGUUGUGAAGAAUGGAAUGAGAAAGUGUGCAGAAAGUAUCAGACAUAAGAGGCAGAACUGAGCAGGUUGCUGUACUGUAAUCUACUCUAAGAUGUUAUGGGGAAGGUUCAAGGAGAGCUAAGGAUUCUACUCUCCUCCAAACCCAGCAGUUUACAUAGAAAGCUGUCCUGGGAGUCUCUCCGAAGCAAAGAUGCCACCAGCAAAGUUUUAAGGACACAAACUCAUUUGAGAGGGAUUGCUCUAGUCUUACUUUGUACAGAUCAGUAAAACGAGGCCAGGUGAGGUCACUGGGGCAGUGGCUGGAUGGGUCCUGGAUCUCUUCACGGCCUAACCCUCGCCUGCUCCUUGAACAUGUCAGAACUGCUCCUGCUCUGGGUCUUUUUAUUGUUGUUUGGCGUGGUAGCUCACCGCAAACUCAGGCCUCCGGAAGCCGCUGGGAUUACAGGUGGGAUUAAGGUGCUCGCCGGUGCCCGGCUGGGUUUUUCCAUUUUUUUCAUGAGUUGGGGUCUCAUUGUCUCUCAGGCGAGUCACGAACUCCUGAGCUCAAGCAAUUCUCCCUCCUCAGCCUCCCACAGUGCUGUGCUCUGGGUCUUUGCACUUCCUUUCCUUCUGCCUAGAAGGGCUCCCCCAGAUACUCCCUUACUUCUCCCAGGUCACCCUAUCUAAACUACCCCACCCUGCUAUUGCUCUGUCCCCACUAUUUUUUACUCGCUCUCACAGCAUUUCCCACUGCUGGAGGCUGCAUCACGCCCUCCUGCACAACGUCAAUCCCAUUGGACUGGGGACUGUGUCUGAUUUUUCACAUGGGGGUGUGGUAGGCAGCAUAACAGCCUCCUGAAGAUAUUCACAUCCUAAUGCCUGGAACCUCUGAAUGUAUUAUGUGGCAAAGGAGAAUUAAGAUAGGAGAAGGAGGGCGGCGCCUGUGGCUCAGUCGGUAAGGCACCAGCCCCAUAUACCGAGGGUGGCAGGUUCAAACCCAACUGCAACCAAAAAAUAGCUGGGCGUUGUGGCAG